CGUCAGCAGUCCAUCAAAGACAACUUGGAUGAAAUUGCGUCGCAGUUGGAAGAAUCGACUCGUGGACAUGCGGAAGAUUUGAUAGAAAGUCAGUCCCGACUGGACGAGAACUGGUCGGAAUUGUGUGCCUUACUUGAGGACCGUGAAAGUGAGCUUCAAGGAGCACAAACCAAUCUGAUGCUCGUAGAGUGCCAAGACGAUGUGGAGCAAUUGGAAGCAUGGUUUAAAAGCGCCCUGGACACAGUCGACAAGCCAAUUUUGGUUCUCAGCAGUGCUACAUUUGAAGAUGCUAAAGAACAGUUUGGGAAAUAUAGGACAAUCAAAAAAGAGUUCGACACCAAACGGGAAAUUCUCGAAUCACUUAACAAGAGGGUGGACCAGUCACUAAACGAGAGGAGAAACGCGUCUGUGAGGAAUGUCUCAGGGGGAGUGCGGCGGCUCAACACACAGAAAACACAACUCAUGGCGGUUUUGUCGGAAAGAGAGGAACAGCUUCAGCACGCGCUCAACAGCUGGGUGGACUUCCAGAAACUUUACACGGAGCUAAAAAAUAUCAAUGAAUGGUUUGAACAAAGAGAAGAGACGCUGGGAAAGUACCAGAGGAUUGUGACUCAGAGGGAAUUCGAGAUCGCUUUGGAAGAUGUGAAGGCAAUGAAAGGGUUCCUAGUAACACAACAAGAGGCCGUGCAGAACGUUGUAACAGCGGUAGAACGCAUGCGUGGAGAUACCGCUUUCGACCAGGAUGAAUUACAAGAAACUAUUGAAACAGUUCAAGAGAGAUGGUCCGAACUGACCACCAAAGUUGACGAGUAUGAAGUUUGGCUGGAAAGUUCUGUACAGGCAUGUAAAGAGUAUGAAGCUUCUAUUGAGUAUAUCAAGAACAUCCUGGGUAAUACAGAAGGGAUAUUGGAAAGAACAAAUGAUGGAAGUUUUCAAGAACUUAGGGCACAAAUCGAACAGCUACAAGCGUUGCGAGUCGACAUUGGGGAGAUGAGUGGACGAGUGAGCGAAGUAACCGAAUUAGCGACAGACUGGGCACAAAACAGUGAGCCUUCGGCGUCGCAACGCCUGACCAAUGAAAUUACGUUACUGACAGAUCGCUAUGGUUCAGUGUCCUCUCGUCUUAUCAAGAAAGAAAAGGAACUGGAAGACAUUUUGUUGAAGUGGCAGAGGUUUGAGACAUCGUGCGCAGACAUCCUUGCCUGGAUCGAGAGUCAGACAGUUGUGCUCAAUGAGUCUGUUACAGGGGAUGUGUCGCUCACGGAACAGUUACAACAGCUAGCUAUUUGUCAACAAAUGCAGCAGGAUUUAGAACUUCACCGUGAUUGGCUGGCGUCGAUUAACACGAUGGCAAACUCACUGAAAGAAAAGAUCAAUUCAGGAGCCAAUCACAUCACGCCGCUCAGGAAUGAAGUCAACCAGUCAUUUUCCUCGUUUGAGGAACAGCUCCAAACCAAACACGAGCAGAUUGCGUCAGCCACGCGCAGCUUCACGCAACUACAAGAGUCGGUUAACAGCCUAGUCACGUGGCUUGAUGAAGCUGAAACAAAAGUCAUUAACGAGAGAGAUUUCGAGAAUUCUGAGAGACUGGAGUUACAAGAGGAACUUUUAAAAGAUCUCGACGAAUCGAAUCACAGGCUGGAGUUAUUGAACAGUGGCAUCGAUGAUAUGAUAAAUGGAACUCACCAGAAAGAAUUUCAAGAGAUGAAAAAUCAAGUAGCCCAGCUCGAGGAACGCUGGGAUCAGUUCAGAAGAAAACUUUCGUCUUCAAUUGAAGGUAACAAACGGGCGAUCAAAAGACAAGUGGAAUUUGAUCAAGAACACCAGAAAAUCUGUGCUGUCUUACAAACUGUUCUGCGAGGAACGGAGAACACGAGCCUUGAUCAGACAGAUAUGGCUCUUAAUCAUGAUCGUGUAGAGGAUUUCCAAACCAACUUCGAAAAAUACCGUCUGGAUUUCGACUCUUUGCUUCGUCAGUCAGAAGAUCUUGAUCAAGAUGUGCUCACAGGGAGCAAUUACAAGACACGACUUGAUGAUAAUAUGUCGCACGUACGUCAAUUAUGGAGCUCUGUGCUGAAGAGAGCAGAUGAACACAAAGAGCAAGUUGGUCGGCAGAAUGAAAGAUUGAAAGAAUUCCAAUGUGUGAGUUCAGCUUUGAUAAAGUGGAUGGAUGGAAUUGAAACGCACAGCGGAUUUACAGUUCCAUCGUCCGCGAGCAUUCAACAAAUGAAGGUCCACUUUGAACAUGUCAAGAUGUGCCAAAAGGAGAUCAAUGCUCACAGACCAGAGUACAACAACUUCUGCUCUACUGGUCAGCUGAUAAUCGAAGAAACUCCAGGAAGUUUAGGUAACAAAGCCGCCAGAGAACUCGACAAGGUAACGAGGCAAUGGACAAUGAUAACAAAUCGUGUGACAAGCAACCAGCAACAAUUAGAGCUUUCACUAAAAGAUUGGCAGGAGUACACGUCACUCACUGAGAACCUGAUGGUGUGGUUGAGAGAGAAGGAGAAAGUACUCAGAGCUCAGUCCAAGGCCCUAACAGUUCGUGACGUUGAGAGGGAGCUAGGCGCCAUGAAGGCUAUCGCCGGAGAGAUCGAUGAACGGAAACCUCAGCUGGAUAAAAUCAGCUGGCGUGCGGAAGAGCUUUCGAAAUCAACGGAUCAGUACGACUCAGAACGGAUCAAGAAACAAGUUGCCUCCAUGACCACUCUUUGGGGAAGCGUUUGUCACCUACUGUCAAGUUCCAUGCAGUCCUUGGCUGAGAUCUUAAGACAUUUCCAACAGUUUAGUCAACUGCAUGAAGCCCUCUCUGAUUGGUUGGUUAAUAUUGAGUCGUCGGUAACACGUGAACUUGAAGAGUCGUUUCUCAGUAUCCCGGAUGAUCAAGGAGAUACCGUCUUUCAGGUUUAUGUAGCUGACAUAGAAGGUCACGAGAACACCAGGUCGACUCUGAACGAAAGUGCGUACUACGUCAUAAGCAAGGCGGGUGGUACGCCUUACGCAGGUGCAGUUGCUGAGAAACAGAAAAACCUGAAUGACCGCUGGCGCGCUUUGUGUCAGCAGUUGGGAAUCACAUACAAGAAGGCAGAGGAAACCAGGUACGGGUUGAAACUAUUGGAGAUUCAACUCAAGCAACUCAACACAUGGAUGGCUGAAGUAGAGACGAAAUUGAGGGAAUUUUCUGUCGUAAGCUCCUGUGUUGUUUCCGAGCUUCAAAGGAAAGUGAAGGAAAUGAAGGAUACUGAAACAGAUGUAGAACGACGCGCCACUGACGUACAAACGGUUCUCCGAUUGUGUGAGAAACUUCGCCGGGAUCGCAUGGCUUGCCCUUCAGAAGAGGAUCGUCAAAGUCUCCAGAGGACUAAAGAGAGUUUUGAAAACCGCUGGAUAAAUGCUCGCCACACUGUGUCAGCGAAAAGAAGGCAAGCGGAAGAGAGAAUGGUGCUAUGCAGAGAGUUUUGGAACGAAUAUGAGAAGUUUGUGGAGUGGAUUGACCUGACAGAAGCAUCUGUUACAAAAUCUGAGGAAGCAAUGUCAUCAGGAUUGGAGGUCUCAAAGAGUAAAUUCAAAAGGUUUGAGGUAUUUCUGAAAGACGUCAAUUCGCAUCGUCCGCAGAUGGAGCGUAUCAUCAAGCGGAGUAAAUACCUGCUGCUGGAAGCCAAUACUACUUCUGCUUCCGAUGUCAGAGUUGGGGUGGAGUCAAUACAGAGCCGGUGGGGAGCGAUUUUUAGUCGCGUAGAAAAUCGUCUCCAUCUCUAUAGCAAGUUGUCGGACAAGGUGGAAAAAUUUGAAACCCUUCGGCAGGAGGUGUACAGCUUUUUAACGGAAGCGGAACUCAAGCUGAUUACCCUCGAUCCUUAUACUUCGGAGGCGGAGCCGAGAGUUCAGCUUGAAAAACUUAAGGGCUUACAAAGACUCAUCAAUAUGAACUAUGCGAAGCUUAGAACUUUGCUACACCAAGGAAAAGCCAUGCGAGAGUAUUGUUCCUCGUCGGAAUUCCAACCAGUACAACAGGCGAUGGACGAACUUAACUCCAGAUGGCAACAGGCACUCCACUGCUGUAUGACGUGGAUCUUGGAUCUAGCGAUUCCCAGUCCUCGCUCCAGUGCCGCGACAGCAGCUGAAACGAAUUAAUUCAUCCCGGCAUAACAUUUAAAUCGUUGGUCACAAUCACAGUUAAAGGGCAAUGGCUGUGAUUACCUCCGUUUGGAAAGAACCUUUUAUAAGUAAUAUAUUUUUUCCACAGAUGGUCUUGUAUAUAGAGAUGAAUACUUGGUUUCUAAUUUUGUAUAUCAUCUCCCCCCUCCCUUCUCAACGCAAUACGUUCAAAGCACUUUUUAGCGCUUCGCAGCGGUUUAUUUUACACGACCUGCAAUUUCUAUACAGCAAUGUACUUGUUAAAUUAUAUUGAAGAACAUUCAUACCAUUAUUUAUAUGAAUAUCCAUAAGCUCGUUCGCCGAAAGUAACCAGAUUCCUGGUAAACAUUGGUCACGGUUCAUAAGGUAGGGCCGUGCCUUCAGUGGAGAACAUUUCAAGUUAGAUGAUUUAUCUUAACAUAAGUUUACUGAUUUUAUCAUGAUGAACUUGUAAGGCUCUCUGUAUUCCGGUCGCUAUUCAUAAAUUUGUCAACAAGUACAGUUGUCAAUACAAAAAUAAGUCACAUUGUAACGAAGAGGCCUUACAACAAGCAACCUUUUGUGGCAAAUCUGCCUUUCUCAUAUCUGAAUUACAUGCUAGAAAUCCUUUUUAAGAAGUUUGACGUGACAUUUAAAACGAAAUGGUUCAUUCAGACUCUUUAAUCAGAAGUAAUCGAUUUUCUUCCUUCCCUAAAUGAGUAAAGAUGAAAUAUUUUUACAGGACUCUAAGCAAUGUAACAUAGUGUCCUCAGAUACAUGUAUAUUAGUUAGUAGUUACAGAAAUGCAAAGUUAUUUUUAUACUCUUGUUUAAAGUAUUGUUGGCUUUAAAUGAUGUUGAAACGAUGUUUGUUCAUUAAAAACACGAGAGACGCAAA